AUGGCAGGAACAAAACUUGCAGCUCUUGGGUUCUUCGUUCUCUUGAGCAUGGGGCUAGCUAAUGCUGCGAGAGUAACUAGAUACUCUAGUGCUGAUGGAACAGGUACGGGAGAAGGGUGGGGCGGUGGAGCUGUCAAUGGCAGUGGCUCUGGUGCUGGGGCUAGUGUCGGGGCCGCACAGAGUGGCUCGAAUGGUGCCAAUGCUACCGCGGGAGGCGGCGGUGGAGGUGCUGGCACCAGCCAAUAUGGUGGAUACGGGGCGGGUGGCGGAUCUGGUGCAGGUUCAAGCUCUAGUCAGUAUGCUACCGGGUAUUACUCUGGUUAUGGUGGUUACUCUAGCGCUGGAGGUAAGGGUGCAGGCAGUGGUGGAGGACAAGCUGGAGGAUAUUGGCCAUCUACUGGAUCAGGAUCCGGUAAUGGUACUGGCUCUGGCUCUAGUUCAGCCAAUACAUACUAUGGCGGACCAAGUUAUGCGAAUGCUGGUGCUAAUGGAAAUGCUAAUGGCCAAGGCAAUGGUACCUAUGGUGGGAGCGGUAGUGGCAAAGGCAAUGGUUCGGGAUAUGGUGAUGCUAAUCCGUGAUUUUAGUCGUCGAUCUGCGAUCAAAACAUACAUGAAUAGAGCCUGACGUGUGAUAUUUAUGCGUACUCUAUUCUGUCUAGUAAGAAA